AUGGAGCCGGUGAAGGAUCUGUAUGAGCAUAUUGACGAGUGGCAAAAAGGAUCAGUCUGGAAUGCAGAUUGUAAGAGUUGGUACAAAAAUAACAUUCCAGAAGGCAAGCUUUGGAUCUGGGGCGGAUCGGCUCUUCAUUACCUCAAGACGAUCCAGGAAGUGAGAUGGGAACAUUACGAGUUUAGAUAUAAUCGCAAAAAUGUAUGGGCGUUCCUAGGGAAUGGUCGGGUGAAAGCCGAAAUUGAGAAUGAUGUUUCGCGAUUGACGCCGUAUAUCAGGAAUUCUGAUGAUCUGUGGAACAUAGAAUAG